AUGAAACGCCGCUCUGCUAUUGCCGUUAUCGCGGCUGUUGCUAUUCUUGCUUUGAUCAUCGGACUAUCCAUUCAUUUCUCCCAAAACGGCGAUUCCGAAGAUAUACCAUACUCCCUUUGCUAUUUUGAUGAGGCAAGUCGGACCUACAAAGGUGUCGAUGCUGAUUCCGCUUUCCACGACACAGCUAGCCCCUGUGUCGGAGAUCGGUUUGUGGAUACGUCGGUGUUUACGAACCUUGACGAUCUUGAAGGGGUCGACGAAGAGGAGACUUACUCAUCUAACUAUUUCGUCAGCUUCCUGAAGGCUGGAAUUGUCGGUCUUGCUGCAUCAGAGGAUAUCAUCAAGAAUGUCACUUGCAUCGAUGACGCAAUCGAAAUUGUAUUUUCCAUGCCGGUCGAUUCUGAACGCAUCCAAUCCAUGUUCCCAGAAUCCUCUGUCAUGGCCGUGGAUGGGAUUGUAUUUGGCAAUUGCAGCACAGUCACUGAAGAUAAUUCAUUGGGGACGCCAACCAUGCCAAGUGGUUUCCUAUUGGUCCACAGCGCAAACCUUACAAACAUUGAUACAGUGAAGGUUCUCGGAGAAGGGGUAUCAAUCAACUAUCUCUUCCAAGAACGAAAUAUUGUCUAUGAACCAUAUGGUAUCACUGAAGGUGGGGAAAGAAGAAAACUGAAAAAGCAGAGCAAACUAGAUAAGUUUUUGAGGAAUUUUGCAGUCCUAGGAGUGACCUUCUCUCUAGAAGUUGAUCCAACGGUGGUAUUUGAAGCCAAAGUCUUAAAAGACUAUUGGCAGCUGCUUGGGGAAAAGUGGUACGAGUACGAUCCAUAUAUCGACUUUGAGCUGCGUGUCCAGUACGAACUAGGCUUGAAGCUUCGCGCGAAGGCUAGUGUGGCUGCAGGAGUACAACUUCAAGACGGCGUAGAAAUCCCCAUGGUUGGAUUCAUACCGAUUCCUUCUUUUGGUUUCAAGCUACCUCGGUUAGUAGCAAAGAUUCUUAAAAAAUGGCUUCCCAAGCAAGAGAUUUCACGAUCCCUCGGCCUUGGAUUUGAAAUGCCAUUUUCUGCCUCCGUUGCGUACAGUGCUGAAGUCGGUGCAUCUGUAUCAUCUGGACUAGAUCUCAGUUCUGGAGAAAAGAUCUACAGAUGGGCAUUGAAGGGCAAGCCGCCAUUUAUUAGUCCAACUUUUGAGACAGUAUCCAAUGUUCAGGCAUCUGCAACACAGAUAACGCCUGUAUAUGAAAAACGUGACGGCAAAUUUCAAAUGUCGGUGAAAGUAGGAGGGAAGCCUUCUAUGAUACUUGACGUCUUUGUGCCUGCAUUGACUCUGGAAAUCCCAGCGUUCAAGAUAUGCGGCGAUUUCGAAGAAGAACUGACGUGCGGCGACAAAUGCUGUGAAUCCGAGGACGCAACGUGUACAAUUGCUGAUGAUGGAAAAGGGAGCUGUGACGAGCAAUCUUCUAGCCCAACCAUUCCAGAGCUGACAUCCUCCUGGCCCUCUACUUUCCCUCCAACGGCCGAUCUUUUCAAGACUGCGAGGGACCCACAUUUCAAAACUUGGAACGGACGUUUUAGCUACCAGGGGGCUUGUGAUCUGGUCUAUGUCGAUACUGAUCUAAUGACGGUGCAUGUUCGAACAACUUUGUCAGACACUCGCCAUUUCUCGUAUAUCUCUGCUGUGGCAGUCUCCAUCGGUGGCGACCUAUUUGAAUUUCAUGCAGAUGGCACAUACUUUGUCAACAAAGAAAAGCCAAUCGAUUUGCCCGGGGAAGUUGGAGGCUACCCGUUAGUGGAAACCUCAGGAAAAAUUGCCAUUGACCUUUCGAAUGGUCAAUUUUUGCGACUUUCAACUUUUAGCAGCACGAUUACAGUUGAUAUCAGAGGGAAUGCUGACGACUUCUCGGACAGCAGAGGAAUCAUUGGCUCUUUUCAAGAGGACAUGGCUGUAAGGCGAGAUGGCAGCCUGUUCGAUGGAAAUAAUGUAGAAGAAAUUGCAUCUGAAUGGCUGGUUGAUAGCUCAGUGGGAGAUGAGCUACUCUUCGUUGAAGGACCUCCCCACGAAGGCUGUAUGGAAGCUACACCGUUCACCAGCUCUGAUGCGCAAGAAGUCGUAGCGCAACAAGCUUGCUCUAGAUUUCAAGGUGGCGCUUUUGAUGAUUGCGUCUUUGAUGUGCUUGCAAGUGAUGGUGAUACCGAAUGGGCGCGGAAUCCAGGCUUUAAUCUAGUACAGGAAACUCUCGUGGAGACUCUAGAGAACGAUAGAUGUGACUCGGCAACCGUUAUUCCGUUUCCUUACAUUGUGACUGACAGUACCAUUGGAGCGUUGCCGGAUGAUGUUCGCUUUGUCCACUGCGGCAGGUCGUAUCCUUCCACCAAUGGCAUCUGGUACAGCUUCACAAAGGAUACCAGUGGGCUUGUCAGGGCUCAAAUUGAUACCGAAAGCAGUUCCUACCCUUUGCUUCGCGUUUAUAGGGGCAAGUGCGAUUCUUUGGUUUGCAUCAUUGAAGCUUCCAGGUUCAGGGAGUUGGACGUGAUCUGGCCUGCAGAAGCGGGAGUGACGUACCAACUAUUGGUGUCUCAUUCAAGGUUUGGAAAGGAAAUCGAUUCAUUUUCUUUGUCAAUUCAAGAUUAUGAAGUCCCAGAGAAUGAUACCUGUGACUUGGCAGCCCCCAUGUCGCUUCCUUACAGUACGACUGCGAGUACUGUUGGCGCGCUGCCCGAUUAUGAAGUUGACUCCAGCUCUUCAUCGCAGUCUCGUAUCCCACCCAAUGGCAUAUGGUAUAGCUUCACAGGUAAUGCCAAUGCAAUGGUUAGAGUCCAAAUUGAUGCUGAAGCCGAUGUGAAUCUCAGAGUCUAUCGUGGCGAGUGCAACAAUUCUCUGACUUUGGUCCACCACGGAUAUACCUCGCGUGGAAUUUUCGACGAGUUUUGGAUUACAGAGGCAGGCGUGAAGUACCAGCUCUUGUUCUCUGGGAGAAGAUUUGGAGUGGGCAUAGAGUCAUUCUCAAUGUCGGUUCAACAAUAUGAAGUUCCAGAGAACGACGCGUGUGACUCGGCGACCAUUGUUUCAUCCUUUCCAUAUUCCAACACGAAUGCAAGUACUCUUGGCGCGCUGCCUGAUUCGCGAGAUAAUAACGAACGCUUCUGCGCUUUUUCGUACCCUAAUGUUGCCAAUGGGAUUUGGUACAGCCUCACAAAGGACACCAGUGCAAUUGUUAGAGUUCAAAUUGAUGCUGGAGUUGACGAUGAACCACAUCUCCGUGUAUUUAGUGGCGAGUGCGAUUCCCUUGGUUGUGUUAAGGAUGGAUUUGAUAAUAAUUUUGGGAAUGUGGACAGGGCUUGGUUUGCAGAAGCUGGCGUAAAGUACCAGCUCUUGAUCUCUGAAAGAUUUUACAGAGUUGGCAUUGAGUCAUUCUCAUUGUCAAUUCAAGAUUACGAAGUUCCAGAGAACGACGUGUGUGACUCGGCUACCAUUGUUUCCUUGCCAUACAAUAAUGCGAAUGCCAGUUCUGUUGGCGCCCUUCCUGAUUCUGAUGAUACUGUCCGUAGCUGCGGUGCGACGUCCAAUGACCCUCACACGACCAAUGGCAUCUGGUACAGCUUCACAGCUGAGACUAGUGCAAUUGUUGGAGCUCUCGUUGAUGCUGGGUCCUCUAAUGAUUUGCUUCUCCGGGUGUACAGUGGCGAGUGCGAUUCUCUGGUUUGUGUUGGUUCACAGCUCAAAUAUUCCGGAAAGGCAGAGGUGGUAUGGUUUGCAGAGGUAGGCGUGAAGUACCAGAUCUUUGUGUCUGGAUAUUCGUUCCAUUUGGGCAUAGGACUACAAUCAUUUUCGUUGUCAAUUCAAGAAUACGAAGUUCCAGAGAAUGGAGCGUGCGACUUGGGAACCACUAUUUCAUUGCCUUUCACUGCGGAAACCAGUUCCAUCGGCGCACUGCCUGAUCACCCUGAUGACCCAAACUGCCUUGAUUUCAACAGCAUCCCAAAUGGUAUCUGGUAUAGCCACACAAAGGAUACCGCUGCAAUUGUUAGAGCUCAAAUGAAUGUUGGGGUUAGCAUCGAUACGCGUCUACGCGUGUACACUGGCGAGUGUGGUUCUCUGGAUUGUGUUGUUACCGCGGGGAGAUCCGGUGUUGCAGAGGUCUUCUUUUUUGCAGAGGCAGGCGUGAAGUACCAUUUCUCGUUCUCAGAGACUACGUUUGGAUUGGGCAUAGAAUCGUUCUCAUUGACAAUCGAAGAUUACGAAGUUCCAGAGAAUGAUACAUGUAACUCGGCAACACGCAUUUCGUUGCCUUACAAUGGUGAAGGCAGCACUCUCGGAGCCUUGCCUGAUCCUGAUGACACUAGCUGCGCCACGUCGUCGACUACGCCCAAUGGCAUCUGGUACACCUUCACAGCUAGUACCAGUGGAAAUGUCAGAGCUCGAAUUGAUGCCGCUUCCCGCUAUAACACUCUCCUCCGUGUGUAUAGUGGAGACUGUGAAUCUUUGGUUUGUCUUUCUGUGAGAAGGUCACCCGGUGCGAGUGUGUACCGCGGAGAUGUGGAUGUGACUUGGUUUGCUGAAGCUGGCGUGAAGUACCAACUCUUGGUGUCUGAGCAAUGGUUUGAUGAACUGGGAAUCGACACUUUCAGCAUUGCCAUAGACUUCCAGUAA